AAAAUCGUACUCGCAGAAAUUAUACACGUUAGCCGUCGCACACACAUAAGCAAAUAUACAAUACGAAAUACAUUCUACUAAGCAGUUAUUAGACUUAUUAUCACUUUGCAUUAUACGUGUAAUAUCAACAGCUGCCACUCGCACUCGUUUUACGUAAUCGCUAUUGGUAACUCAAUGUUUUAUUAAUAAUAUUUUAUCGCGCCAGUAGACAGUAUAGUGUGUGUUGCCCGUCUCGACAGCUGGCAUGAUGUGCAUGGUUUCUAACAUUCACAGUGAGCAAGUAAUUAUAAACGUGACAAAACGCCGCAACAACGUCGAAAUUUACGGGAAUUUUCAUCGACCGCCUUCUAAAAAAUCAGAUUAUACUACUGACGCUAUUUACACACGGAUACGACAAUGCCCCGAGGAAAACGUAGACCACAAAAGACCGCAUUAGAUGUAUUAUCAAGUAAAGUGCGUGAUCUUGACGUGUCGGAUGAUGAAUCAUAUAAUGAUAAUGCAAGUAUAAUCAGCAAUGCAUCAUGUAGUACAUCAAUUGAUGAACGCUCAUGUGUACCAACAGAUGAUAAUGAUGAACAAUCUUUAAGUGAUGCUUUUGAAGAAAAGUUAUCAGAGGCCAUUGAUGGUCUGUCACAAAAAUCUGCACAAGGUCGUACAUCUAGCUUUGAAUCUAUUUGCAAUGUUUUCUGUAAAAAAUAUAUACCAGAUUUCAUAUUAAACAGGCGUAUGACAAUUACUGAUUCUAUUGAACGUGCUUUAAGGAAAGGUGGAGAUAAUGAAAAAGCAGUUGCUGCUAACUUAUCUUGUCUUUUAUGUAUACAAUUAGGCUCAAUUGAUGUAUCAGAAAACGUGUGUCAAGAAUUAUUACCUACAUUAAUGUUUGUUGCUAAUGAUGAGUCUGUACCUUUACUUGCAAGAGAAAAGUGUUGUUUAGCAAUUGCAUUGUUAACAUUUAUUGCAUAUAAUGAAGAAAUUGAUUCAGCAAUGCAAUUAUUCCGUAACCUUUGGGCACGUUUAAUUCAUUCAUCUACUGUUUCUGCGCCUGCAGCAACACUUUACUCUACUGCCUUGUCUUCUUGGUGCUUACUUUUAUCUACAAUAUCAAUUAGAAAUUCUACUAUUUUACCAACUCUUUCUGAAUUAAGUUUACUCCUAGACUCGGCAUAUUUAGAAGUUAGAAUGGCUACUGGUGAAUUAUUAACUGUUUUAUUAGAAAUGGUACGAGAGUGUGAAGACAUGGAUGAAUAUGAGCCAGAUGAAGAGCUCAUUUCUAAAUUACGUGAACUAGCUACUGAUUCACAAAAAUACAGAGCCAAAAAAGAUAGAAAAACCCAAAGAUCUAAUUUUAGACAAAUUCUUCACUAUGUAGAAUUUGAUGAACCACCCAAUAUUCAAGUUCGAUUUGGACAAGAAAUAUUAUCUAUGAAUACAUGGACCAAAAAAAAAGAAUAUGAUGUAUUAUGUCAAGCAUUAGGUUCUGGCAUGAAUAUGCAUAUGACUGAAAAUGAUCUUGUGCGUGAUAUAUUAAAUUUAGGUCCUAAGCUAUGCCAAACUAAGUUAUUAAGUAAUAAACAGUCCAAAAUGGAAAGACAACAAAUUAAUGCAGCCAACUUCAAAGUACGCACAAAAACAAGAGGAAAAGUACGAGACAAACGAAUUGCUACAAUUGACUAAAAUAUUAUUUACUUUACAUUAGAUAAAAAUAAAUAAACAAAUAAUAAUAUUUAUUUAAGCAUGAAUGUGAUAGAUAUGUUAAUUUCUAUUUAUAUCAUUAAAUUUUCUUCUAAAACUGUAAAAAAUUAUUUAUGAUAAUUGUUAGGAGUUUUCUUAAGUUGUUAUAUUGAACCUCCAUUAAUGUCAUUCAGUUAAAAUAAAAUAAAAAUUUUACUAAAAAUAAAGUAAACUGACAAAUUUAAAUUUAAUUAGAAUUUUUAUUUGUUAGUUAUUUAUUUUUUUAAUAAAAACAUAAGUUAUAAGUGCAU